GCUUCAAUAUCGGCAAUCUUUCCGACAACUUCUUUUCGUCCCUGGCUCAGAUGCUCAAGAUAUAGUCAAAUUGGCCUUUAUCACGCCGCGCAACUCGCAAGCGAGAUCACCCAUGCGGUAGUUAUGUUUAUCGUCAAGACAAUACCCCAGAGUCUAAGCGAUUAUGGGUCUGCUAGCGGUACCCCAUAUUCCAGAUACUCAAAAUGAUAACUUAUCAUCAACCGAGGGAUAGGCCCUCCACAGACUAUAUGAACACCCGGACGACGUCUCGCCUAUGUGAUUUUUUACUUAUUUGAAUUGUCAGGCUUCGCAACUUGGUCAAGCAAGAAUCUCACAAUUCGUCAAAUAAUAUUAUUCUAUCCAAAGUGACGCCAAGAUGGAACCGCCCCAAGGCCAUAAAGAUGCCGACGGCGCCGGCGCUAUGCCUACCAUUCAUAAGUCUCCAACCGAUCUCUCCGUCACCAAAGGAGAUAUUGAGCAAGUGGAUCGAGACAACAAGGGGAUAGAUAUGAAUGCUAUUCCUUCUGGUGUUGGUGAAGCAUACGAGAGGAAAGUGGCUAUCAUGAACCAGGCCUUGGUCGAUCUUGGAAUGGGUGGCUUUCAGUGGAAAAUAUUUGCCCUUACAGGAUUUGGCUGGUUUGUGGACAACUUCUGGAUGCAAGCCAUUACCAUUAUUAGUGCUCCCGUCAGAAACGAGUUUGCCGUAAAGCGCAUCGCAUUCCUUACCGUGGCCAAAUAUGCCGGCCUUGUCGUUGGUUCUACCGUGUGGCCUAUGACGGCUGACUUCAUCGGUCGCCGUCUAGCUUUCAACAUCACCUUACUCCUCUCGUCCGUGAGUGGAUUGGUCGGUGCUGGCAGCCCUAACUUCGUCGCUAUCGCUACACUCUGCGCCUUCAUUGGCAUGGGUACCGGUGGCAACCAACCUGUCGACAGCGCUAUAUUCUUGGAGUUCAUCCCUGCGACACAUCAAUACCUCCUUACUAUGCAAUCUGCAUUUUGGUCUGUGGGCCAAGCUGUCGCUGCUUUAAUCGGAUGGCCACUGAUCGCAAACUACUCUUGCCCCUCGGCAGGCUCUGAUUGUCGAUUUGAUAAUAAUCUUGGUUGGCGAUAUACUUUCUGGGCUUUCGGUGGCCUUACGUUGGCCAUGUUUCUAUUACGACUAUUCUUUCGGGUGUACGAGACACCAAAAUAUCUCCUAAGCAAAGGCUACGAUGAGCAAGCUGUCGGAGUAAUCCAUAAAAUUGCUGCUAGAAACGGGAAGACCAGCUGGCUCACAAUUUCCCACUUUGAAGCGGUUGAUGCUGAAUUGAACCUGCAACCCGGUCAGGAAUCCGCACCGGCUCAUACUCGCAAGAACAUUAUCAGAAGCAAUUUGGACAAGAUAACGCCUAGCAAGAUCCGAGUCCUCUUCUCAACCCCGCGCAUUGCUUUAUCUACGACAUUGAUGAUUUUUCUCUGGUGUUCUAUUGGAAUGGCCUAUCCCUUAUACAAUUCCUUCAUUCCCAUAUAUCUUGAAAACAAGGGAGUUAGCCAGGGUGGCUCUUCCCUAAGCAUAACAUAUCGCAACUAUGCUAUCCAGGCUGUCUGCGGUAUCCCGGCCUCUCUUCUUGGUGGGUUUACCGUCGAUUUGAAGGGAAUUGGACGAAAGGGUACUGGAACGAUUGCGUGCCUAGGCACCGGUGUGUUCUUGUUUCUCUUCACCCGUGCUACCUCGGAAGCCGGAGUUAUCGGGUUUACAUGCGCGAUCGCAUUCUUUCAGAAUCUGGUGUAUGGUUUACUUUACUCGUACACGCCCGAACUCUUCCCCGCUCCAGUCCGUGGUACCGCGAACGGGCUUGUCGCCAUGUUCAAUCGGUUAAGCGGCCUAAUGGCUCCUAUCAUCGCGGCAUACGUUGGAAUUGAUAAUGACUACCCAGUGUGGAUUUCGGCGGCACUUUUUGUAGUAGCGGGCUUAGUUUUCCUGGUCUUGCCAUAUGAAACUAGGGGUAAGGCUGCCGCGUGAGCGGAGCAGAGAUAUUUAGGAGUCGCGAUCAAGAGCAACACAAUUGUGGUAUAUGAGUGUGCGUAUAUAAAACCGGCUUAUGGUGAAUCCUCAGCUACUCGUACACAUCAAUUGCGUCAAUAGUUAAUAUCUAAACUAGUAUAGUUUGCGUCGGGAAAUAUAAGUGAGGCGGUGUUUCUACCUUGGCCCUUAAUUAAAGAGAA